AAAACAAUGACUGUUAAUAAACCGUGUAAGAUCACAGAUGUAAACCCGAAGGUCACUGUUAUCAGAGAACCAAGUAUCGCUUCACAGUGUCCAUCACUUUAUAGGACACAAAUACAUGAAGUGUUGACGCUGUGUGAUGUGGUUAAUAGGGCAGAAGUAGGAGCUGAACAUUUUGUGGGCAACAAAGUUGGUCAAUUCAAGUUGGUGAUUUUUUUCAGAGCGUCAGUUGUGGAAUUCUUUAUAGAAGGUUUCAGCAAUCAGACACAUAUAACGUUUUAUGAUACUAACCAAUUAACGAUAUGGUGCCGCGGUGAUGGUCAUCCAGCUCCGGAAAUGCAAUUAUUAAAAACCGGGUUUCAAUACAGUCGUGGAAAAUCACCAAUUCGAUAUACAAUGACAACAAAUGGCUCCCGGGAUACCGGAAUUUAUACAUGCAUAGCUUCUAAUGCACUUGGAAAAGACAGCAAGGAAAUUGAAAUCAACGUUCAUAUUGACACAGAGCUUCAUCAAGGUGAAGCUGACAAAACAAAUAAACAAGAUGAUAAACAGUCAACAGUAUUUAUAGUUGGGGUAUGUAGCACUGUUGCUGGCAGUUUAGUUUUGUUGACACUUAGUUUGUGGCUUCUCAAGAGAGGUUACACUUGCGUGUCGCUAGUGAGGAUUCUUCGCUCUUCUGCGAUAGUGGAGAGCAAUAAUGACAUAAAUGCAAAUUCUGCGCAUUCAGAUUUGAAUACAGGGACCAACUACGCAUUUUUUGAAGGCCGGUUUCCAGAUGACGAAACGCAUAGUUCCGGGGUUAUUAAUGUGCAUACAUCGUCAAUAGAGAUUGCGGAAAUGUCACAUGCUUUCGACAAUGAAACGUAUGCCGAAAGUAUCAACAAAUUUGAGGAAGGACCGAUAAACAACCAUUGGCCAGGUCAAGAUCAGGCGCCUGGGUUUUGUCGACUGAAAUGCUCAACAGAUGAUCCCAAAGAUUCCUGCGAGCUGGGAGCAAUUGACGCAAAUGAUGACGACUCUCUUCGCAAUGGCGUUAUAGCUGCUGAUUUUGCUUUAUCAGCAACAACAUGCACUUCAAAACCUAAACCUUCAGAAAACGCCAAAUGCAGUGUUGUCUCUAAGAAGGAACGACUAUACGACGCCUCAAUUAACGGACAAGCUACAAAGGCAGAACCAAACGAUUGCAUUGCGAAUGUUGUCAAUUCACCAUCGAUGAAAGAUGGGGGUAUCUAAAGCGUUGUAUAGAAGAAGAAACCUACUGACGGCGCAAUAUUUGGCGUGUGUUACAUCAACGAAAGACCGUAAUUAUGAUGACAAUGAAACUCGGGUCCAAACAACAUACGAAUUGAUGACUUUACUGAAAGCGUUGUAAAAAUAGAAACGACGACCAUACGACAUCUUAGUUAGCGUUAGCAAUUCAAAGACAAUCCUAGAUGAAUGCUCUGAGAAUACUGCAGAUUAUACGAAGGAUUACCGCGCAUAUAUGAAUGGGCUGUAGAGCGGAUUAUGUCGAGGACAAAGAUAAUAUGCUUGUCCACUUCAUCUACGGCGUAGUAAAUAAAAGAAGACACACUUCGAUGAUAAUAACAGUAUUGUGCAUACAAAAUAGGCGAACAUACAUGUACUACAAUUCAAUGCGCUUUAUGCUGCAAUUUAAAGGAUAAAGUGACACAUGUACUUGCUACAUACUUAAGAUUUGUCAGGUAUUAUAUGUAAGUUUCACCCUAACGAAAUAAACAAGAAUAUUUCAUUUCACAUUUUUCAACUUGUUUUAAAAGUAUUGAUAUUACAGACACGUGCGUUUUGAUGAAUUGCACUAUUGUUUUGUUUUACACACAAAAAAUUUACUAGCGAACUGCUGGGAGUUGGGGCUAUUAGCGAAGACGUACUUGCCUCAUUUAUCUAACUUGCGAUAAAAAUCAGUUGAGACAUUGGACGCCUUUUUUAUGUUUUGUUAACCAAUAUCCAACCAUGAUUGCUCGCGAACAUAAAGUAUUAAUAAGUAACAAUUAAAUCAAUAAUUGUAUUUGUAGUUAAAAACUUGUCGCGUGAAAGUCCUGUUCGUUUUAUCAGAAAUCAAUAUUAUUAGUAGAAAUUCACGUCAUCAACGUUGCCAUCACUGCCGUCCGAGUUUUAUUGAAGGAAGCAAUUUAUUAAACUUUUUUAAUUUAUAAACAUCAAUUUAAAGGUUAAUUAAAAAAAAUUUUUAUUUCAUUUAGUAUUUGUGCAAAAGUGCUUAAAAGUUGCGCGGUACGAUACGUUUACAAACAUGCGUGUGGUGUAUCAUCCUGAUGGCGACCCGUUGACAUUGUGGUGUGAAAAUUAACGUUUUCCAAAAAUUUCGCAUAAGGCCAGGAAGCUUUUGUCCGUGCCAUCGACAACCGUGCCCUCGGAGAUAUUGUUCUUGAAAACAGGUCUCCUUGUUACAAAGGUUCGCAAUCGCAUCAGUGAAUAAAGUAAUUUUCCUGACCAAAUGAACACUGUUGUUUUCUGUAUGUUCUGCAUAUACAUGUAUGUUUGCUGAUUUGUGAGAAAGUGUUGCAAUAGUUGAACAAUUAUUUAAAAACAUGUUUAUAUUAAGUUAAUUAUAGUUUAACAAAUUAAACAAGAAUGAACAAAUAAACACAAUUUUAUUGUGAGCGAUACGACGCGAACGUUAUAUAAGCGUCCCAAGCAAAACUAAAUUAAUGACACGUCAAAAUGAACAUUGUGUAGUUAUAAUCACGUUUAACUAAUUUAUUUUUAUGCAGAAGAAAAUAAAUGCAAAAUACAGACUACAUUUACAAAAUUAUUAAAAAAAUGGUAUAAUACAUUUAAUAAGAAACUGAUAUGUUAUGAACGCAUGGGACCUCAAAUAACUUUCGUUUCUAUAGAGUACAUGUACGAGCGGUAUGACAUAUAUUACGUAAUAUAUUACGUAAUAUUUAAUAUUUACUUAAAUAUUUUUACUACUAAAGGUUUUUCGGUUCACCAAUUAAAAACCGGUUGCGGAAAAUGUUAACCAGUUCAUAUAUGUGUAACUUUUACAUCCCUAAAUAAAAAAUAGAUGAAAUAAUUGUUUCAGCAGUCUAUCUUCAUCUGUAUUAGUGUUUAAAAGAGCACAAGUAUUUCUAUAAUCUACAGUGAAUUUAUUAUUAUUUGUUAUUGUAUUUGGUGUUUUGGUUGGGUUAUGUCUUGUUUGAAUCAGUAAUUGUGCGUAUAUAAAAAUUCACUUCUUUCUUGAUCUAAUGAUGCUGUGUUUGUUUUGUGUUUUUUAUUGUUUGUUUUUAGUACAAUGUAUUUUAAUCUCUUGAGAAGUAACACGCUAUUUGGAAUACAAGACUAUCUAGUUAUAGGUGUUGAACUGUUAAAAUUACUAUAUCAAAUGAGCCGAGUGUUAACAUGUAAAUUUGUGUGCAAAUAACAUAAGUUAUUGAAGUAUGUUCAAGAAAUGAAAUGUGCAGUUUGCGCUGAUUACAUUUGUUUAAUGUGUUAACACAUUCGUAUUCAGUUGGCUUAAUUAACUGUUGUUGAGUGCAGUACAAUUAAAAAAAGGUGUCAUUUCCAACAUAGCCUUUACGCAAUAUUUCAAAAGCGUCAAUGGGACCGAGAUUAUAUUUUUCCUCCAAAAGUCCCGUAAUCGAAUUCCGAAAACUAUGAGGGGUUUUCAACUUGUUUUGCUUAAUUGGUUAUUAUCUUGGCUGUUUCCAAGUGUUUUUGUUUGUUAGAAAAUACA